GGUAAACAGUAGGUGCGUGGCGUGUUUUACCUCAGUGCUAGACAAAAGCAGGUGUAGAAUAAGUCAAUUUGUUACCAGUGUGGUGAUGGGAGAUGUAGGCACUCAAACGCAAGGCCUAGUGCCUCUAAGUCAUGGAACUUUUGUAUUUAUCUCAACAAUCAAGAAUGAACAUGCAAGUACACAGUGUUGUCUUCCAGUCACCAGUGAUGCCAGCACGUCCACUGAUGAACUAGCAAAUUAUCUGAAACCUUUUAUCGGUAAAAAAUGCUAUUCUGUGUUGUCGAGUGGAGGAAAAAGACGAGGACGACCCAGGAAGCGCAACAUAAUGACAGAAGGUACUGCAAAACACGAGGCAGCCAGUGAUAUAUCAGAAGUAGCCAAAGUAAAAAACACUGCAGGUGAAGAAACAGUGUCUUGUGGAGUUGAUCAUCCAGUGUUGAUGAGUGAGUGGAGGAGCAGCUGUGUGUCACACCUCUUACUUUACUUCAAACUUUUCUUCAUCAAGUUAUUAUGAGCACCACUGGAGCAAUUCCCAAGGGUGGAGCAAGGCCAAAAUGUAAUGUAAGAAGAGAAAGUGACACUUUUGAGAAACUAAAGGAGGAUAGUGAAGUAAUCGGAGAACCUCUUGAUAAGAAGUUUUUAACAUUUCGUGAAAAAGGCUUUGACAAACGAGUACCAGCACUGCACAUAGCCUGGGCCCACAGGGGUACCUAUAUCAAAUAUAUUCCACCUCCUCUGCCUGAAGAAGAUGGAUCCUUUCUUCCUGGUGCUAUUGAGUCAUGGUUAGAACAGAUGGAAUUUUUAGAACAAGAUCUACGAAAUAUGCUUAAUUUACCUCAUCACAAGUUUUGGUCUCAGAUGGUGUUUGACCCUGCCAUCCAUGAGUGUUUAGAGUCAUACAUUGCCAACAGCUACAGGUGGUAUGAAGGGAUAGUGCCAAAUGACCACUGUACACCUGUCGUUGAGUCUGUUCAUCAGUUGAUGUUCUUAAUAUAUGUCCGUAUGUCAACUUACAAAGAAUCUAAGGCUUGUCAUAUAACUCCAUCAACAUUUGGGGAUAUAAUUUAUGAGAACUACUUGUUUGAUAUAUGCAAGCUGCUAGAUCUAUGCAUAUUGUACGGUCCCACCAAUAGCCCCCUGUUAGCUAAGAUGAUCACUAACAUCUUCACACAGCAACCCAAAUAUUAUGACGACCUUUCACAAACGGUGUCUUCCAUAAGUCUUGCAUUAGAGAAAGUAGAAGAUAAAUUGGGUGUGGCAGAAUACUGUGUUCCUGUUGCUAUUGGAGCGCCUGCUGAAAAUUUGUCAAUGGCAGACCUUCAGGACAUCAUCCUUUACCUGUUAGAUACAUUUUCUUCUUUACAAAUGCUUAUCUCACUCCAUCCAGCAGCUGCCAAAUAUUUUCACAAGGAGUCAUUUGAGCUAAGAUUGUCUUCAAUAUAUGAAAGAGUCAUUCCAAGUUUAAUGGAUAUGUUAAGUGAGCGCUGUGAUGUCUCUGAGUGGGAGCCUAGGACUAUACAGAGAAUUCAACUGAUUAGAUCUUCACUUCUCAUAACAUUCAGAGCCAUCCUUCACCACAAAUGCCUUGCUCCUCUCUCUCUGGAAAAGCCACUACCAACACUUGUCGGGGAAUGUGUUGAGAAAUUUAUGCAGGUGAUGUCCACUUGUGUAGGAGAAAAAACAUUCAUUGCAGACUAUUGCUCAGCUUAUCCAAUCAACACAGAUUUAGAAUUUUUUAAGCAACACGGUGGGGACAUCACAAGUCUCAGCUUCAUCAAGGACGCCGUCAACAUGGUGCUAAGUGAGAUGGGGCUUGCGUCUGGUAUGGUGGGUCUCGCUCUGGAUGAAUUGGAACACAAGAGAGGAAUAAAGAAUCCAGAUGAUACCACUGGAAUGAAUGGAUAUGCACAAGUUGGAGCAGCAAUCCCAUCCAGUGUAGAAUUAGCUUCUUUAGUGUCCAGUAUCCAAGAUCUUUUACCAGACCUAGGGGCUGGUUUCAUCCAAGAAUGCCUUAAGUACUACUGCUAUUCAACGGAAGAUGUGAUUCAUGCUUUGUUAGAAGGCAACCUCCCUCCCUCUCUGAUUACUCUGGAUCGCUCAAUGCCUGCUCUGGUUGUAAGAGAACCAACUCCACCACCACCACCACCAGCAGAGGAUGAUGCCCAGGCCAAAACUGUCUGUCAAGUAGACUACAUGGAUCGAGCGAAUGUGUUCAAUAAUGAUGAGUUUGAUGUGUUCAGCAGAUCUAAUGUUGAUUGUACUAAGAUUCAAAAGGGCAAGAAACCAAAAGUCAUUGAAAAGGAAGAACCGGAUGUGGAAAGUAUAAAUAGAAUAAAAGAGAUUGCAAGACAGUAUGAUGAAAGAGGAGGAACAAGUAUAUAUGAAGAUGAAUUUCGCUACGAAGACGAGAGUUAUCGUCCUUGGGAUUAUGAUGAUGAGUACGAUGACACCUAUGAUGACAAUGAGGCCGGAAACAUCGAUGACCUUGGAGUUGAGAAACUUCCAAAACGGCGCCCAGGAAUUAUUGGAGCUGGUCGGUUGAACACUCAAAUAGACUAUGGAUAUGCAGGUGAAUCAGCGGAAGAAGAUUCUGAUAAAGAACAAGAAGAAGGUAGUAAUGAAACUGGACAAGACAAAGAAGAUAGUUCCCAAAAGAGUUCUAAAGAAGCUAGUGUGAGACCUAAGAAUAGAAGUAGCACAAGAGGUGUCCAAAGAGUAUUUAGUACGUCUAGUAAACCUAAACAGAACACAACUACCCCUGAAAGAGUAAGCAGUGAUGAUGUCCGUAAGGCUUACAGUUCAUCACCUAAUGCUGAUUUAAAGCCUUCCAAUGGACCUUCCAAAACUAGUUUUAGAUCUUUCUGUGAAGAUCCAGAAGUAGUUCGACAAAGAGCUGAACAGAGGAGACAGGACAAGAUUGCAUAUCGUAACAGAGGGUACAGAGGAGGAGGUGGUGGAGACCAAGGUAGAAGAGAAGAGAAUUUAAGUAAUGGGAUUGAUGGAGAGAGAUAUGGUUCAAGGCCUAAAGUCUCCCAAAGCUCUAAUAAGAACAGUGGGAAAGGUUGGCGCCAAGGUCAGAACAGGGAAGAUGACAGCAGAGGAUACCAAGGAGGCAAAUAUAAAGAAGAUACCAAUCAUGGCAAAGCACAAAGUCAACAGUACCGUCAUAAGAUGACGCACAAGAAUGAGAAUAAACGGCAGGGAGCUCAGGCUAAGUUUAAUAGAAAUAAUUGAGGAAGGUAUACAGUAGAUAAUUCAGUGAUAUCAGAUUUUUUUCUUAUCCUCUGAGAAAUAAUUAAAUUUUCAGUUUGUUUUUUACCUUUUGAAAAAGGUAGUGAUUAUGUAAUAUUUAUAUACUUAUAUUUUUCUCUUGAUACAUAUUUAUCAGCCAAUAUCAAGCAGAUGUUGUAAAGAGUUUAACAGAUGAAAGGAAAUUAAGAUAAUUUUAAGGAAAAAUAAUAAAUUUUGUUACUUUAC